AUGGUUCACGGGAAGAAGUUGGCCGAGGAGACGCUGUUGCCUUCUGUGCUGGAAGACGAUGACGCAGGAACACAAAGUGAGAAGCUGCAGCUGUGGGAGCAAAGAGUGAGCCGGACAGAGGUCGGCAUGCGUGGGCUAAAGGACCGGCGCUGCAGCCCUGACGCGAAUGAGCUAGACGGAGGUGAAAGAGAGUGUGAAGAGGAGGAGGAGGAGGAGGAGGAUGAAGAGGAGGAGCGAGUGAUCUCUGAUCAGGAAUACGACACAGAUUUAGAACUUGGAGAUAAAGAAGAGAGAUAUGACCCGACGGGGCAGAUGAGCUACAAGGAGGCGUGUGAAACGUUACAGGUGGUGCCAGCUUCGUGCUUCCUGCGGCAUCUGCAGGAUAGUGAGCUGAACAUGAUGCAUCGUGGUCUGGGACCUAAGGGCACCAAAGCACUGGCGGUUCCCCUGGUAACCAACACUUCAAUACUGAGGCUGAACCUGCGUGAUAAUUGGAUGGAAGGAAUGGGCGGAGCUGCUAUCGCUGAGAUGUUGAAGGAAAAUUGUUACAUUACAGAGGUGGACUUAUCCGACAACAGACUCGGGGAUUACGGGGCCAGAGCUAUUGCUGGUAUGCUGAAGGAGAACAGCACUCUUUUGAGCCUUAAUCUGUCAGGAAACCAUUUAACAGAUCGGUCUGCUGAACACCUCGGUCCAGCCUUGGUCACCAACACAGGGCUGCAGCACCUGGACCUCAGUGUCAACGCUCUGGGAGAACAUGCAGGGCAAAUCCUGGGAGACUCUCUGUCUGAGAACACAGGGCUGAGAUCACUAAGUCUGGCCUGGAACUGUAUUAGAGGAAGAGGAGCUGUGCUGUUGGCCAAUGGCCUCGAGGGAAACACUUUCCUCAGAGCUGUGGAUCUGUCGUUUAAUGGUUUUGGUAGAGACGGAGCCAUUGCUUUGGGACAGGCUCUGAAAGAAAACCUCAUUUUGGAGGAGCUGAAUGUGAGCAACAACCGAAUACCCCCUGAAGGAGCUAUCCGCCUAGCCAUGGGCCUCAAAGCAAACAAGACAAUCAAAUCCCUGAAUAUGGGGAGGAACCCCAUCCAAAAUGCUGGGUGCUAUGGGAUCCUGAAGUCAAUACAGGAAAACCCGGAUUCAGCCAUGGAGACGUUAGACUUCUCAGACAUCACAGUGAACCAGGAUUUUGAAGACUUGUAUGCGACAGUGAAAGAAAUAUUUCCUUCGCUUACAGUAAUUCCCGGGGGUAAAUUUGGCACAUUCAGAAAGGCAAAAAGCUUGAAAAGUGUUUUUAAAGUUGUGAAAUAAAAAGCUUAAUUGCCUUACUUUUAAGCCAGAAAAGAUGCAAAUAGGCCCAUCAAAGCCCUGCGGACGAUUUUGUCGACAGAUGAACGAAGGAUUGAUGCAUACGAGGGUGUAAUUAUAAAAGACAUAGUUCUGGUUAAAUGAGCCACAUGAGAGAGUAUCGCUCCCUGACAUGUUUUUAUAUAAAAUAAAUCUUGUUAAAUACCCAAUCAAGUGAAAUUAAGAUGAUCAAGAAGAAGUUUGUUCAUUUUCCAAAAGAAAAAGUAAUUAAAUGGCAUGAGUGCAUGCUUUAAAUGUAGUGUUGUUAAAGCCAUUGAGCGCAGGAAUACAAUACAGGUAUUGAGUUUGAUUCUUUGCAGGUAUGAUCUGAUUUGAUGUUAUAUAAUGUCAGUGGGUAGAAUGAUAGAGAGGAUCAGAGUGCAGCGCAUUGUGUAUGAAAAGAAGUGAAAGUGGGUUGCACAAAAAGGAUUUAAGUACUGCAUGACUAGUCUAAUAGAGAAACCAGCUUUGAAAGAACAGUCCACUAUUAGAUAAGAGACGUGUUUACUGCAGCAGGACAACUCCAGCAGUGCUACUGAUACAGUGUGCUGUCGUAUGGAGACCUGUGUCCUUCCCACACAGAAUCGUCAACUACAUCAAACACAGACCUUUUAAUUUCAUAUCAUCUAUAAAAUAAACAAAGUCAAGUUUAUUUACUUGUGUGUUUGUCAGAUCUUAUAUUUCUUGACUGGUCUUAACAAG